GGCAGACUCUGGGCGGCGCCAGGACGAAGCCCCGGGAGAGGCCCCGGCCGGUGAGUGCGGCGGAGGCAGCGCCCGCCAUGGACUGAGGGAGACGCGAUGGGCAACAAGGAGUCCCGCAUCGGCUUCCUCACCUACGACGAGGCCCUGCGGAGGGUUACAGAUGUAGAACUGAAGCGGCUGAAAGAUGCCUUCAAGAGGACCUGCGGACUCUCAUAUUACAUGAGCCAGCAGUGCUUCGUUCGGGAAGUGCUUGGGGAUGGAGUUCCUCCAAAAGUUGCUGAGGUCAUAUAUUGCUCUUUCGGUGGCACAUCCAAAGGACUACAUUUCAACAAUCUGAUAGUAGGCUUAGUCCUGCUAACGAGGGGCAGAGAUGAAGAGAAAGCAAAAUACAUUUUCAGCCUGUUUUCAAAUGAAUCUGGGAGCUAUGUCGUCCGUGAAGAGAUGGAAAGGAUGCUUCAUGUGGUCGAUGGGAAAGUCCCGGAAAGCCUCAAGAAAUGCUUCUCGGAGGGUGAAAAGGUAAACUUUGAGAAAUUCAAAACCUGGCUGUGGCAAAAUAAAGAGGCCUUCACGUUUUCCCGCUGGCUGCUCUCAGGGGGAGUGUAUGUCACGCUUACGGAUGACAGCGACACCCCGACUUUUUAUCAAACCCUUGCUGGAGUCACACACCUGGAAGAAUCCGAUAUAAUUGAUCUUGAAAAACGGUAUUGGCUUCUGAAAGCUCAAUCAAGGACAGGACGUUUUGAUCUGGAAACAUUUGGCCCUUUGGUUUCCCCUCCCAUUCAUCCAUCUCUGGGUGAAGGUCUUUUUAAUGCCUUUGAUGAAAAUCGUGACAAUCACAUUGACUUCAAAGAAAUCUCCUGCGGACUCUCAGCCUGCUGCAGGGGACCGCUGGCUGAAAGGCAGAAAUUUUGCUUCAAGGUUUUUGACAUUGACCGAGACGGGAUUUUGUCUCGCAUUGAACUUGAAGACAUGGUGGUUGCCCUGUUGGAAGUCUGGAAAGAUAACCGUACAGAUGACAUUCCUGAGCUGCACAUGAACCUGCCGGACAUAGUAGAAGCUGUUCUGAAGGCACAUGACACUACCAAGCUCGGCCACCUUACUCUGGAAGACUACCAAAUCUGGAGUGUGAAGAGUGCUCUUGCCAACGAAUUUCUGAAUCUCCUUUUCCAGGUGUGCCAUAUAGUCUUGGGUCUAAGGCCUGCCACUCCAGAAGAGGAAGGACAAAUCAUCAGGGGCUGGUUAGAACGAGAAAGUAGAUAUGGCCUUCAGCAAGGACACAACUGGUUUCUUAUUGCGAUGCCUUGGUGGCAGCAGUGGAAAGAAUAUGUCAACUACGAUGCUAGCCCUGUUGUGAUCGAACCUUCGUCUGUCUUAAGCAGAGGUAAGAGCUCGCUUCCGGGUGCUGCAGCCCAUGCGCCAGAGCAGGGAGAAGACAAAACAGGCCGUUUAAAUUACUUCAGUGCCACAGAAGAAAAGUUUUCAGAUAGCAUUUCUACUGCAUCAGAAGCCUCAGAGACUGCUAGCAAUUUCCUUUACACCCUGCCUCCUAGUGCCGAGAUAUGCUUUUCCCGUCAGUUUAACUCUUCGGACAACAACAAUCAGUGCCUGCUUGGAUCCAAUGGGAACAUUUUGCUGCAGCUCAAUCCACAGCGGCCUGGAGCAAUUGAUAACCAGCCCCUUGUAACGCAAGACCCAACAAAGGCUCCAUCGUUGACUCUGGAAGGCGGUCGUUUAAAGCAGUCUCCUCAGUUAAUUCAAGGGAAGAGUUAUGAAAUGGUCCCAGAGCCAGUAUGGAGGGCUCUUUAUCAUUGGUACGGCGCAAACCUGUCCUUGCCGAGACCAGUGAUCAGAAACAACAACACCAACCAGCCUGAGUUGGAGCUCUUCCCGCGCUACCUGCUCUUCCUGAGGCAGCAGCCCGCCACACGGACGCAGCAGUCCAACAUCUGGGUGAACAUGGGUAUGAUGAGCCUGAGGAUGUUUCCUCACCAUUUGCCGAGAGGUAACGUAAGAAUACAGCAAGAAGCCAGCUGCGUAGUGUCCGAAGGGAGGCCGGCCCCACCGCCCAGACUUCAACGGCUUUGCUGCCGCACUGCUUGGAAUGUCCCAUCUCCCAGCGCUCCCUUAAAGAGGGUCCUGGCCUACACCGGCUGCUUUAGCCGCAUGCAGACGAUUAAGGAGAUCCACGAGUAUCUGUCGCAGAGGCUACGGAUAAAAGAGGAGGACAUGCGCUUGUGGCUCUACAACAGCGAGAACUACCUUACUCUUCUGGACGAUGAGGAUCACACGUUGGAAUACCUGAGCAUCCAGGAUGAGCAGCACUUAAUAAUAGAAGUUCGAAACAAAGACAUGAGCUGGCCAGAGGAGAUGUCCUUUAUAGCAAACAGCAGUAAAAUAGACAGGCAUAAAGUUCCAACGGAAAAGGGGGCAACUGGCUUGAGCAACCUGGGGAACACCUGCUUCAUGAACUCCAGCAUCCAGUGUGUCAGCAACACGCAGCCUCUCACCCAGUAUUUCAUCUCUGGCAGACAUCUCUAUGAGCUCAACAGGACAAAUCCAAUAGGAAUGAAGGGACAUAUGGCCAAAUGUUACGGGGACUUGAUUCAAGAGCUGUGGAGCGGGACACAAAAGAACAUUGCUCCUUUAAAGUUACGGUGGACGAUAGCUAAAUACGCUCCCAGAUUUAAUGGCUUCCAGCAGCAAGACUCUCAGGAGCUCUUGGCUUUUCUUCUGGAUGGUCUCCAUGAGGAUCUGAACCGAGUGCACGAUAAGCCGUACGUCGAACUGAAAGACAGUGACGGACGGCCAGAUUGGGAGGUGGCAGCGGAGGCCUGGGAGAACCACCUGAGGAGGAACCGCUCGAUAGUGGUGGACUUGUUCCAUGGGCAGCUGAGGUCCCAAGUGAAGUGCAAGACCUGUGGGCACAUCAGCGUCCGCUUUGACCCUUUCAAUUUUUUAUCUUUGCCCCUCCCGAUGGAUAGCUACAUGCAUGUUGAAAUCAUAGUAACUAAGCUAGAUGGGACAACUCCCAUUCGAUAUGGACUGAGGCUGAACAUGGACGAGAAAUACACUGGCCUGAAAAAGCACCUCAGCGAACUUUGUGCCAUGAAGCCAGAGCAGAUCCUCCUUGCGGAAGUGCACAGCUCCAACAUAAAGAACUUUCCUCAAGACAAUCAGAAAGUCCGUCUCUCGGCAAGCGCGUCCCUGUGUGCAUUCGAGGUACCGAUCCCUGGAUCCCCCACGUCAGCUACUCCAAGCCCUGUGCAAACAGAGUUCUGCAGCAUGCCGUCAGCCAAUGGGAUGAUCAACGUGCUGAUGAAUGGCGAUCUUCCCCGGCCAACCCUGAUCCCGAAUGGGAUGCCAAACACAGUGGUGCCAUGCAGGAUGGAAAACGGCUUCUCCAAUGGGAUGGUGAAUGGCCAUGUGACCUCUCCCUCCGACAGCCCCUUCAUAGGCUACAUCAUUGCUGUCCACAGGAAAAUGAUGAGGAUGGACAAGUACUUCCUUUCAUCUCAGAAGAACCGGCCAAGCCUCUUUGGAAUGCCACUGAUAGUUCCGUGCACCGUUCAUACGCGGAAGAAAGACUUGUAUGAUGCGGUCUGGAUCCAGGUGUCCCGGCUGGCAAGUCCCCUUCCUCCCCAAGAAGCCAGUAACCACGCACAGGACUGUGAUGACAGCAUGGGAUACCAAUACCCUUUCACCCUACGAGUGGUCCAGAAGGAUGGCAAUUCGUGUGCUUGGUGCCCCUGGUACAGGUUUUGCCAUGGCUGUAAAAUUGACUGCACUGAAGAGAGAGCUCACAUGGGGAAUGCCAACAUUGCUGUGGACUGGGAUCCCACGGCACUUCAUCUCCGCUACCAGACGUCACAGGAACGGAUGGCCGAGGAGCACAGGAGCGUGGAGCAAAGCCGGCGCGCUCAAGCUGAGCCGAUCAACCUGGACAGUUGCCUCCGGGCCUUCACCAGCGAGGAGGAACUAGGCGAAGACGAGAUGUACUACUGUUCCAAGUGCAAAACUCACUGCUUGGCCACCAAGAAGCUGGACCUGUGGAGGCUUCCCCCUAUCCUGAUAAUCCACUUGAAGCGCUUCCAGUUUGUCAACGGCCGCUGGAUAAAAUCCCAAAAGAUCGUCAAGUUUCCCCGAGAGAGCUUCAACCCGAGUGCCUUCCUGGUGCCAAGAGAUCCAAGCUGCUGGCAGCAGAAGCCGCUGACUCCCCAGGUUGAGGAUCCCUCUGAGACCCAGAUUCUGCAGGACGAGUCUCUGAGGAUGGAGGUGCAGAGCGUCCCGGUGGCCGGGGAGGGCGAUGUGCUGACCAGAAGCCCCUCUUCCCUCAACACUUCCGGCGUCUUAAAUAAUAUCAAAGCAUCUCCAUCUCCCGGGCGGAAGUGUACAGCUGGCUGUCCAUCGAGUAAAAACGUUAGUCCAACUGGUAGUCCCAGGACUUUGGGAAGAAGCAAGGGGCGGCUCCGGCUCCCCCAGCUCUGUAAAAACAAACUGUCCAGCAGCAAAGAGAACUUGGACAUGACCCGAGAGAAUGGUACGGACCCGGACCCUAAGGUCACCCCCGACCAAGGAGACGGCUUCAGCCGAGGGAAUGCUUUGGGGGGUAGCCAGGGCGAGCUCUUUGCCGCUCAGGACAGCAGCGAGGUGACUUUAGCCAAUGGAUACCUGUGCAAGCAAAACUCCCACAGCAAUGGCAGCAUCAACGGGGAGGAGGAGAUGGUGGUCGACCAAAGAGGAGAGAUCUGCGUUAACCCCAUCUACAGCCUAUAUGCAAUUUCGUGCCAUUCAGGAAUUAUGGGAGGAGGUCAUUACGUCACUUACGCCAAAAACCCCAACAGCAAGUGGUACUGUUACAACGACAGCAGCUGUAAGGAAUUGCAUCCUGACGAAAUCGACACAGACUCCGCCUACAUCCUUUUCUAUGAGCAGCAAGGAGUGGACUAUGCACAAUUUCUGCCAAAGAUAGAUGGCAAGAACAUGGCAGACACAAGCAGCAUGGAUGAAGACUUUGAGUCUGACUACAAGAAGUACUGCGUGCUGCAGUGAGCGCAAGCCAGGGGAGGCGCCGUGGACCGUUGCAAGAGAGCGCCCUUGAAAAGUUGCCUCCCGUUUGGCAAAAAAAGGAAAAAAAAGUGGUUUUUAUUAGAGCGGAAGAGCUAAACGUAGUUUUUAUUUUUUUAUUUUCCUCUCAUGAUCUGAAAGCACAACUAGAAGAAAAGAGAAAGAAAGAACCCCUAAUUACAUAGCAGCUCACAGGUUGAGAUAGCUUUGGUUUUUUUGUGUUUUUGUUCAGAUCUCUCCAUACACACUGGGUGGGGAGAAGGGGGGGGAAUAACACCCAUUGGUUGGAUUUCUUUUUUUCUUUUUUUUACCUUUGGCUUUUAAACUGGUUUGAUAUAAGCAAACUAGGACCAAGAAAGCUUAAGUUGUGAGUAGCCCAAAUAAAAGCUGGCCCAGAGUAAUAGAAAGGUGUUUGCUUCCCCCCCCCUUUUAAAACAAAAACAAAAUACCCAUAGGAAGAAGAAAAAAACCUACCUUUUUGGAUGCUCUCUUCAGAUUUAAGACGAUUGAACUUGUAGUGUUGUCUGUAGACAACAUGAAUUUGCUACCUCCUUUUUCUGAAGUUUUAUUCCAUUUUUUUAGUGGCGAGAUAAGGAAAGCCCAGGAUAGGCAACCUUCACAGAGGAGCAAACAUCAUGGCUUAGGGAAUUUCCUGCCUUUUCCGUUUUUAACCCCACUGGUCUCAGUUUGGUUUGUGAAUAUUGACAGCCACUUCCUGUCUUUCUCAGUUGUUUCUUGGCCUUUGGCUGUGUCAGUUCCACCCUCUUGGGUGAGCUGUGUGCUUUCAGAAUGGCUUGGAGGGGAACUUCUCCUGUCACCUCUGUGGUUUUGUGGCUGAGAUGAUGCCAUCCUACUCAGGAGAGAGUGGGGAGAGAACAGGGAAAUUAUGUGGCAUUCGUCCCCAAUCUGAAGUCGGGAGGCCUUGAGCUUUUCCUGGCAUCAGUGUGAGCUGCCCUGCCUUAUUUGAACAUGCAUAUGGGCCCACUAGCGCCCCAUCUUAGAAUCUACAUCACACAGAAGUUUGCUCCUAAGAUCUCAGGCCUGGUGCAGACACAACACUAGUAAACUAGUAACUAUGGUUGAGAUUCCAGGAGGGGAACAUGGGAUGCUAAACUAACAAAUAUCUAAAUCUUGGUUGAGAUGGGAACUCUGCAAUGUUUACCCAUGUGCUCAUGGAAUUUAUGCUGGGCAAGGGGUGAGUGGAGAGGGGAAUGAGAGGUUCCGACCUCUCCACCAUGGUUAAGAGUUCACAGUCAUUUCUUCUGCUCUGGCCUUUAGACCCUAGAAAAUUGCCCCCCCAGAUUCAAGUUUGUGAGCGGUGUGAAAUAGUUGUGUGUGUGCGUGUGUUGUGUUUUUAAUUAAAUUGCACUUUAAAUGAAAGGAAAGGAUAAUUAAAACUCAGACAUAAGUUAAUUUUAUUACUGCCAAGUGUUUUUUUGAGUGAAGGAUGAGGGCACCUCUUUCGCUUAAAGAGCAAGAAAUCCUGCUUGGGUAGCGAUUACAGUUUUAAUAUUGAAGUUUAUCCAAUCUGCGUGCAAACCUAGGCAUGCUUCCCUGCCCCAUCCCAUGACCUGGAAAGAAAAAUAGUGCCCCAUUUCUUCCUGUAAUAAAGUUGGCAUUAAUUUACAACUGUUGAAAGCCAAGUCUGUAUUUGUAGGAAGAUCUGCAAAAAAGAGAGGUCUGCAUCAGAACUCCUUUUUGUCCAGAAAUAUCUGUGAAGAAAGCUGCUUGAAUCCCUGCAGACUUGGGCCCAACAAGUCUUCUUCGAAAAUCCACUAGCUCAGAAGCAAGAACUUUAGUAUCUGGUCCACUGGUCUGGGAGCCCAAGUGAUCUGAAUUCUCUUGCUCUUCCAAAGCACCCCUCUAAAUGACAUUGUUGAAUAAGAUAACUCGUGAUCUUAAAACAGGGUUGUAACUCCUUAAUUUGUCGGAAUAAGCAGGCAGUGUCAGGGUUUGAGUGUUAAUUUAUAAACUGGAACAACAACAAAAAGCCUAGCUUUUGCUGAACUCCUGAACUUGUGUUUGGCCUGUACCACUUCAAAUUUCAAGCAGGGACUCUGAUGACCGAAUAGCUCCGGUGGACCCCCCCC